AUGAGCAGCAAUGGAAUCGACUUCGCAGAGGCCGUGACCCUCGUCAACGACCCCGAGCCGCGAAUUUCGCAGGCGGGCGGUGCGUGGUGCACGUUCCGUGUCGCCUACAACCCGCGCAUCCGGGACAAGCAGACCGGCGAGUGGAGCGAUGGUGACGCAACCUACUUCGGGGUGCGGGCGUUCGGGAAGAUGGCGGACAAGAUCUGCGCCACAUUCACGAAGGGCGACCAAGCGAUCAUCCUCGGCCGUUGGGGCAUGCGCACCUAUACCGACAACCAGGGCGCGGAGAGGACUUCGCUGGAUCUGACGGUUGACGAGAUUGGGGCGUCCGUGAAGUUCGCCGACGUUCAGGUCUCACGCACACGUCAGGGGCAGUCUGGCGGCUUCGGGGGCGGUCAGGGCUCAACCACUUCACCCCAGGGCGGAAACAGCGCUCACGGGGCCGCUGGGAACUUCGGAGGUGCGUGGGAUGACUCGAGCCAGCCAUUCUGA